CCACCAUGUCCUUCCCCACAGUCUAUACAGUCAACGGUCCCUCUUCCACAUCAUCAACUUCAUUACCAUCAUGGAUAACCAUAAAACCCCGUUCCAAACCUACUCCCACAGGAGCUCGGAAACGUCAACGGGCUCAACGGCAACUCGGUCAGUUGGAGCUCAUUCAAGAUUUUGCUUUUCCAGGAUCGGCAAUAAAAAUUAAAACGACUGAAGAUGGGAGACAUGCGAUCGCUACUGGGACUUAUAAACCUGUGAUCAAGGUUUGGGAUCUGGAUCAGUUGACUGUGAAGUUUGAGAGGGUCACGGAUGCUGAGAAUGUCGAUUUUGUUAUCCUCUCUACCGACUGGACGAAAUCCUUACAUCUCCAACGAGAUCGUAGUUUAGCUCUUCAUACUCAAAUGGGACUGCACCAUUCUAUUCGACUACCUACUUACGGUCGUUCACUAGCAUAUCAUUCCCCUUCCGCCGAUGCUCUCAUCGGAUGUACCGGCAACUCUGUCUAUCGAUUCAACCUUGAAGAAGGCCGAUAUAUGACACCCCUUUCAGUAGGCGAAUCUUUGGACGAUAUUGAAGGUGUCAACACUAUAGACGUCAACCCUCGACAUGGUUUACUUUCCUUCGGUUUAGACGGAAGGGGUGUGGUGGAAUUCUGGGAUCCAAGAUCUCGAACAGCCUUAACUCGACUCAUGCUUCCUACAUCUACUUUACUUCCUGUACAAAGUAUUGAAAAUAUCACAGCUCCUAGGCGAACUUUAUCUAUCACUGCUUUGUCUUCUCAUCCUUCUGAUGGACUCUCUUUGGCCGUUGGGACAAGUACGGGACAUACUCUGCUGUACGAUCUGAGAAAUCCUAAUCCUUUGGCGGUGAAGGAUCAGGGGUAUGGAGAAGCUAUCAAAAGUGUAGAAUGGUUGAAAGGUGGCGGAGCACAGGAAGAUAGAGGGAGAGUGGUUAGUGCAGAUAGUAAAGUGAUAAAAGUUUGGAAUCGUGAUGAUCCAUCAUCGAAUCAAUUAUCCUUACAUCCACCCAACUCUCUUGCCCAUCUCCAUGCAGUACCAGACUCUGGAUUGUUAUUCGUCGCUUGCGAAGCGCCACAAUUAUGUUCUUACUACAUCCCGGAGAUAGGACCAGCACCUCGAUGGGCACAAUUCUUAGAUGGAGUGACGGAAGAGUUGGAGGCCGAUAGCAACAAAGAUGGCAAGAGCGUCUAUAGUGAUUUCAAAUUUGUCGAUAAGGGAGAGUUGGAAAUACUUGGCCUCACACAUCUUAUCGGUACUUCAGCUCUCAAACCCUACAUGCACGGCUACUUCCUCUCCCUCAAACUCUACGCUACAGCUCGUCUCAUUGCCAACCCUCAAUCUUACGCCGAACAUCGAGAGAAAGUUAUCGCGGAACGUUUGGCUGCGAAGGCAGAAUCAAGGAUCAGAGCAAGGAAAGAUCAACCUAAAGUCAACAAAGCUCUGGCGGAACGAUUACGUCGGGUGGAGGAGAGAGAAGCGGCUGCUCUGGAGAAGAAAAGAUCGAGAGCGGUUCAAGGAUCAUCAGAAGCUACACCUGCAGAGGAGACCGGAGAUGUCAGUGUAUUGGAAGACGCACGGUUCAAAGCCAUCUUUGAAGACCCGGAAUAUGAGGUGGAUGAAGAAUCAAGAGAGUUCGCUUUACUCAAUCCUGCCACUGCGUAUAACGCAAAGCGAAAGACCGCUGUUGAGGAGGAAGAGGAGAGCGAGGAGGGUUCUUCCGGUUUGGAGGGAGAGUCAGGCUCAGAGGAAGAGGAAGAGGAGGGCAGUGAGAGUGAUAGUGGAAGUGACGAGGAUAAAGGUGGUAGAGGUGCUCAUCUACAACAUGACCCUCGUAACUUUCUUCCCGGCAAGUUCAAACCACCCCCUGCUCCUUCUCACCGACCAAAACUCCACAUCCCCUCAAAGUCCGAUACCUUCGGCUCUCGUCUUUCUUCCCGACACACCACUCCCAAAGAUACAAAACCUCAAGGUGUUGUGGCCAUGCGUAGAGCAUUGGACGGUGGUAUGGAGAUGUCCUUCGUACCUUCUUCUUCGCGACGAGGGCAAGAGAAGGAUGAAUUGUCAGGAGGAAGUCGGAAUGUGGCGGGAAAAGGAAAGGUGGAAAAGUUUGGAGCGGGGAUGGAGAGGGGAGGGGAAGAGGAUAACGAGGAAGAAGGUAGGAAUGGGAGGACCAAGAGAAGGUUUGGAGGAAGGAGUGGGAGUAAGAACGCUUUCAGGAGAAGAUGAGUUGGACAUGAUACAUCUCCAAGAUCAAAGAGGAUGCAUACGGCUAUACGUCAUUC